UCUACUUGCAGCUUUCCAUUCAAUUUAUUUGUUUCCUUAAUGACUUGUGUAUCCACUGGUUUUGUACCAGUAAAACUAUUCUGCUAGGGUUUGAUAAUUAAAUUGGUCCAACUUCUGGUGUGGAUGCAUUUCUCUGUGUAAAGCUGUGUUACAGCUAAGCUUGGAAGGAUUAGUUUUCUAUCUGUAAAUGUCAAAAUGUCUAAUGCAAGAGAGAAGAAACGCGCCAAGAAAAUGAGAAAUCAGCCUGCUAGUGUCACUUUAUCUUCUGAUUGUGGACCAUGUCAUGGUGGAAUACAGCACCAUAAUGGGGGAAGUAGCUCUUUUCAAACUACAAAACAAGCAGAUCUCCAUCCUGAUAGUUCACAGGAGUAUCAGCAGCAGAGACCUCAACAUCAGUCUCCUGGACCUUCGUACAGGAAAGAACAAUAUUUUUCUAAGGGGCAAAAUAGAGGUGAGAGAGGUAGAGGAAGAGGAGGUUGGGGAGGAGGACGCCAAAAUGUUUCUCAAGAAAUGCCUAAAUACGUAACAGCAUCUACCUUUGCUCAAGCCCGUGCUGCUGAAAUCAGUGUUAUGUUGAAGGCAGUUACACAGAAGUCUUCCAAUUCAUUAGUCUUUCAGACUCUGCCUAGGCACAUGCGAAGACGAGCCAUGAGUCACAAUAUUAAACGCCUACCUAGACGGCUCCGUGAGAUUGCCAGAAAAGAGGCAGAGAAAGCUGUGCAUCAGAAAAAAGAGCAUUCAAAGAACAAGUGCCGAAAAGCUCGAAGGCGUCACGUAAACUUGGUGGUGGAGUUUAAUCGCAGGCAGAAGAAGAAUAUUUGGUUGGAAACACAUAUUUGGCAUGCAAAGAGAUUUCAUAUGGUGAAGAAAUGGGGAUACUGCUUAGGAGACAGACCCACAACUAAGAGCUAUAGGGCUUGCUACCGAGCCAUGACAAAACACUGCCUUCUUCAGGAUUUAUCAUAUUACUGUUGCCUGGAGCUGAAAGGAAAAGAGAGAGAGCUUCUGAAGGUGCUUGCUCGGAUGUGUAGUAUAGAUACAGGACCAACUUUUGCAGCCGUGCCUUGUCUGUCUGGAAGGCUCCAGGGCUCUCUGGUCCUUUACCGUGCAGAUCGCUACCCUGAGGAGGUGCUUGGUCCUAUUACUUUCAUUUGGAAACCCAAGGAUGGGUCUUGUAUUACUUCUGAAACUAGACAGCUGUGGAUCUGGACACAUCCAUCCCUUAAACAGGAAAUACUGACUGAGCUAAAAGCAGUCUUUCAGUGUUCAGAGCCUGUAGAAACCUGUUCUCCUGAACCAGUUGUCACACUGCUUCAAGAAGAAAAACAAACAGAUGUAGCUAUGUGUGUUGGCAGGAAAAGGAAGAGGGAAGACAAUGAAGGAGAAAAAGCUGUGCCAGUGGAAAAAAUCAUUGGCGAUGGAACCAGAGUUCCACUUCAGUCAUACUGCUGGACAUCACAAACUACUGGCAUUGUGAUCAGUGAUUUGACCAUGGAGAUUCUCAGAUAUCGGUUGAUUGGCCCACUCUCGCACUGUGUCCUUACAGAAGCACUGAAAACUGCUCCUAUCCAAACUGUGAUGGCAGAUGCAGAAACAGAACUUAACAGUUGGUGGGUAGAAAACUGCAAGAAUUCUGAGAAGGUGUCUCUUCAUCAACAUCAAGAAGCCAUCUUCAAGUUGUUGCAAGGGAUAAGCUCUCCAUCAGAAAUUGCAGCAGGUACAAUACUGGGCCUGACUGUUGGGGAUCCUCGAGUGAAUUUGCCAAAAAAGAGGUCAAAAGCAAUGCCAAAUCCAGAAAAAUAUCAAGUUCAUAUUUCUGAUCUGUCAAGUGCGUGGGCUACCACAAUCUUCGUUGCCUUGGCAUGCACCCAGUUCUGUGCAGGGGAGAUUGUUUUGACUACAGACACAGCUGAUUAUGCAGCAGCCUGUACAGAUAAUGAGAAAGUUAGGCAGCUGCUUCUGGAAGGUGUGCCUGUGGAAUGUGCUCACAGCUUUAUCUGGGACCAGACUAUCUGUAAGAACGUUACUGAAAAUAAAAUCCCAGAGCAGGAUUUAAACCAUAUGAGAGGUGAACUAUUGGUACCUGGCUCACAGCUUGACUUGGGUCCUCGUGAAUCCAAGAUUCCCAUUCUCUUGGUUCAACAGCCAGGGAAAGUGGCUGGUGAAGAUCGACCAGGAUGGGGAAGUGGCUGGGAUAUCUAUCUGCCAAAGGGCUGGGGCAUGGCUUUCUGGAUUCCUUUUGUAUAUAGAGGCGCACGAGUAGGUGGCUUGCAAGAGGGUUUGAAACAUUCCGAAUAUAAAAGAACACCUCACAUUCCAAAUGAUUUCCCAGACUGUCCUGCUGGAAUCCAGUUUGCCAAAGAACUAGAAAACGUUCUUCUUGAAAAAUUCAAGAGACGCCCACCUGCAAAAAGGGCAAACUAUGUCAAACUUGGCACUCUGGCACCUUUCCUCUGUCCGUGGGGGCAACUAAACAGGGACUGGGAAGUAAGAAACAAAGCUCAGGAAGAAUCUGUGGUUACUUCAUCUGCAGACAGUAAGAGCUGUGCAACUCAAAGGCAGGUUCCUUGUGAGCCCAAACCUGGACUGAUUAUAGAGGAUCCUCAGGGUGGCAUGAUGGAAGAAAUGACAGAGAUUCAAAAUUUAUGCAAAGAAGAUGGAGUUGCAACAAGUAAUGGCUUCUUUGUUCUCAGGAGCAGAAAGCUAUUAAAGCAGUUAUCAGCCAGGUGCCGGCCUACUUGUGGAAAAGGUCAGAGGGUACGCCCUGCUUCAAAACUUGGACAGAAGGAAAUGACUGAAGAUGCCCUUUUACCACUUUUUAAGUGCUACCCAAGGGUGCUGGUGUGGGUCAGCUUGUCUCUGGUAAGAAAAGGUAGCCCUGAAUUACAUACCAUGAUAUGCAUUCCCACACAGGAGGAUUUUCUACAGCUUAACAAAGACCAGCUCUUCUAUGGUCCUCAAGAGCCCAAACACAGUGACAUAUUCAAACACAAGAUACUGAAACUAAAAGAGAGAAAAAAGAAAAAGAACAACGGGAAGGCACUAGAAAGUGGUGCUUCUGAUGCCCUGGAGGCAAAGGCAGUUGAGGAGCCUGAAGAACUAAUACUUGGCUUAUGGCCUGACCCUCUACCAGAUGUUACUUCACACUGCUCUAGAAUUCUUUUAGGUUUUGUCACUCAAGGGGAUUUUUCAUUAGCUGCUGGCUGUGGAGAAGCACUGGGAUUUGUUAAUUUGACAGGAUUACUGCAUAUGUUAUCCAGUCAACCAGCCGAUAAAAAAGGGCUUGUUUUGUUAAGAACUCCAGCAUCUCUACAGUACAGAUUUGCUAGACUUAAUAUUGAGGUAUAAGCAUCAUAUUUGUAAUGAAAUAAUGUGCAGAUAUUACCAAAGAAAUUAUUCCUUCGAGUCUCGAGAAAUGCCUGUGUACCCCAUGUCUGUAAUGGGCAGUUUAUUUUCCAUCAAACUAAGCUGUUGAUCAUUUAUAAUGUUUGUAUAGCUCAAAUGUUUUCUUUUCUUCUGAAUGUCUAUAUCAGUUUCUGUUUUAAAACAUACGUUGGCUUUUGCAUCCAGAAAUACUUCCAUUAUGCUGAGAUUGUUUUUCUAAAGGGCAUACUAUUUUUUUGUUGUUGUUCCAAUGCAGUUGAAGCCAAUGAUAUCAAAGAUCUUUUACUUUUACAGUGUUUCCACUUCAAAAGGCUUUGGUCAUAUGGCUGCUGGACUCUGAUUACAGUUCAUGCUUCUGGUAAAUGCAUGCCAUCUGGGCCUAUGUAUAUAGCAGUCAGCUUUUCAGGGCCCAUUCAGUCUUGCUGCUGAAGAGGUCUGGCUGCUGCAGAGUAAAGUUCUGUAACCACCUAUAGCAUAGACAGUGUAGAUGACUUGUUUUCAUUGAAACAAUUCAGUACUUAAAUGGAACAUAAAUAAUGACUUUCUACGUUAAAGGCUGUGAAACACUGACUGCAGCAUGUGUUAGCGCUUUGGAUGAUACAGGUUCCAACUUUUUUCUUUCGGGGUCAGUGUAAACUUAUUAAAAAGGCAUUUUCUUUUCAGAAUAAACAUUUUUCAUUAUUAUCAAGAAAA